GCCUGAUGCGUCUCUUGCUCCCGUAUUCCGUCCUCUCCAUCGUGAACGCCCUCACCUCUAUAUCGGCGACAUCUGCACGUUCCCUCCAACCAUGUGCCGGGACGAGAAUCAAGCUCCCCUGAUUGUGGCGGAUGAAGACACCGACUCAGCCCUGGGCGUGCGCCUCGAGGAGGAGUCCUCACUGGCAUCCCUCCGAUCCAGCAUCUUGCAGCACAAACAUGAAAAUGGCCGGAGGUAUCACUCAAUGAGUGAGGGGAAGUACAACUUUCCCAACGACGACCAAGAGAACGAGCGUCUUGAUUUGCAACAUCAGAUCUGGACUAUCCAGUUCGAUGGAGAGUUGGCUCUUAGCCCUGGGGCCUCCACGGCCAAGCGUGUCCUAGAUAUCGGCACUGGCACCGGGCUAUGGGCGAUUGACUUUGCUGAAUCGCACCCAGCGGCUGAGGUUAUCGGAGUUGACCUCAGCCCUGUCCAACCUCACUGGGUUCCACCGAACUGCCGAUUCGAGAUUGACGAUCUGGAGAAGGAGUGGACCUGGUCCACCCCGUUCGACUUCAUCCUUUGCCGUGGCAUGGCUGGCUGCUUUGCCGAUGUGCCAGCGCUGAUCCAGAAAGCCUACAACGCCCUCGAACCAGGCGGCUACUUUGAGAUUGCCGACCUCUCGCUGCCCAUGGGCUGCGACGACGGCACCAUCACCAAGGACUCGCAAGUGUGGAAGUACCACGAGGCGCUGUACGACGCGUCGGUCAAGAUCGGGCGGCCCAUCGGCAGCAUCGCCAAGGGCAUCCCGACGAUCGAGCAGGCGGGCUUCGUCGACAUCGUGCACCGCGAGUUCAAGUGGCCGUUCAGCUCGUGGCCGCGCGACCCCAAGCUCAAGGAGAUCGGCCGCUACCAGUGCGUCAACCUGGACAUGGGGCUCGAGGCCUUCUCGCUGGCGCUGCUCACGCGCGUGGCCGGCUGGUCCAAGGAGGAGGUGCUCGCCUGCUGUGCCGCGGUGCGCAGGGAGAUCCGGGACCGCAGGUUGCACGGUUAUUGGACCAUGCAUGUUGUUUACGCCCGGAAGCCUGAGUGAGGGCAUUACAGCGGCGACCCAGAAGGAACAGUGUUGUGAGACCUAGUCAAAGAGCGGCGUAACUAACAUGAAGCAUGACAAAUUGUUUGCAAAUCAAGCGAGCGAGGGAUUCUUGGAAACAGGUUGAAUAUUUCACGUCCAUUUGAGCUUCUAUUCCGCGAUUUCCAUC